AUGGCGAGCGUCAACAUGGGGCCGAGACCGCUGCUGCUGCUGGAGCUCGCGUGGGUCCUCCUGGCCGUCCUCGCGCCCGGCGUCCGAGGUCUUAACGGCGACGAGGACCAGAGCCAGGACACCGAGUGCAAGAUGAAGAGCGUCACCGUGUCGGCGCUGCCGUUUCUGAGGGAGAACGACCUGAGCAUCAUGCACAGUCCGUCGGCCUCCGAGCCCAAGCUGCUGUUCUCCGUGCGGAACGAUUUUCCAGGGGACGUCGUGGUGGUGGACGACCUGGAGAACACCGAGCUCCCGUUUUUUCGUCCUCGAUAUGAGCUCCUGCAGCUGAUGGAGGGGUUUCAGUCUUUGGCUGAGAUCUCUGGGAAUUCCGAGGACAUCCCCAUGGUGCGCUGGAAGCAGCAGUGGCUGGAGAACGGCACCCUGCUCUUCCACAUCCACCACCAGGACGGCAGCCUGAGCCACCCGGAGCCCACCGGCGACCCGGCCAACGACUCCGCCAAGGAGGAGCUCCGCAUCCUGCACAUCUCUGUCAUGGGCGGGAUGAUCGCCCUUCUGCUGUCCAUCCUGUGCUUGGUCCUGAUCCUCUACACCCGCAGGCGCUGGUGUAAGCGCCGCCGCAUCCCCCAGCCCCAGAAGAGCGCCAGCGCCGAGGCGGCUAACGAGAUCCACUACAUCCCCUCGGUGCUGAUGGGAGGCCAGGCCCGGGAGAGCUUGAGGAACUCUAGGGGUCAGGGACCGAACUCCAGCGGCACCCUCAGCAUCCGGGAGACACCGAUUUUGGACGGGUACGAGUAUGACAUAACGGACCUGCGCCACCACUUGCAGCGGGAGUGUAUGAAUGGGGGCGAGGAGUUUGCCAGCCAAGUCACACGUACCCUGGACUCCCUCCAGGGCUGUAAUGACAAGAAUAGUAUGGACCUCACACCUGGUGACGACAACACCAAGCUGGCCCUGAUGAACAAGUACAAGGACAACAUCAUCGCCACAAGUCCCAUCGACAGCAACCACCAGCAGAACACCCUGCUCCCGCACAACACCUCCACCAGCCAACGCAAACGCCUCUCCAACAACACCCGCGCGGGUUCAACGUUCUUGAACCCAGACGGGGACUCUGGAACAGAGGCAGACAGCGAGCCUCAGCUGGCCUUUUACACCGACCCAAACCGCAGCCGGCGCCGGAGUCGAGCAGGUUCCCCACGGAGCCCCAUCAACAAGACCACCCUGACGUUAAUCAGCGUCAUCAGCUGCGUGAUCGGCCUGGUCUACUCCUCACACAUGUCCUGCAGCCUCUCGGUGCGGGUGAUCCUCCAUGUGCCGGAGCACCUCAUCGCUGACGGAUCCAGGUUCAUCUUGCUGCAGGGGAGCCAGCUGGACGCCUCGGACUGGCUGAACCCGGCCCAGAUCUUGUUGUACUACCAGCAGAAUGCCAGCGGGCCCUGGCUCGGCGAGCUGUGCGGACGACGCCUCCUGGACCCCUGUGAGCACCAGUGUGACCCGGAGACAGGACAAUGCCUUUGCCUCGACGGCUACAUGAAGGACCCCGUCCACAAGCACCUCUGCAUCCGCAGUGAGUGGGGGCCCAAUCAGGGUCCCUGGCCUUACACCAUCUUCCAGCGCGGUUUUGAUCUUGUGAUGGGAGAACAGCCCUCUGAUCGCAUUUUCAGAUUCACAUACACCUUAGGAGAAGGCAUGUGGCUGCCGUUGAGCAAGAGCUUCGUCAUCCCGCCCGCCGAGCUCGCCAUCAACCCCUCGGCCAAGUGCAAGACGGACAUGACAGUCAUGGAGGACGCGGUGGACGUACGAGAGGAGCUGAUGAUCAGCUCGUCCUUCGACUCGUUGGAGGUCCUCCUGGACUCAUUCGGGCCCGUCAGAGACUGCACCAAAGACAACGGAGGUUGCAGCCGCAACUUCCGCUGCAUAUCAGACCGAAAGCUGGACUCCACCGGAUGCAUGUGCCCUCCGGGUUUGAGCCCUAUGAAGGAUGGGACUGGGUGCUACGACCACCACAUCGGCAUCGACUGCUCCGACGGUUUCAACGGAGGAUGUGAGCAGCUGUGUCUCCAGCAGCUGGCUCCUCUAGAGGAUGACCCGACCCUCUACAACAUCCAGAUGUUUUGUGGGUGCAUCGAGGACUACAAGCGCGGUCCAGAUGGGAGGUCGUGCCUGCCGCUGUCCGAGGCCUGCACUGAGGGGAUCGACUGCGCCGAGGCGGCGGACAUCCCCGCCAACCAGACGGUGUUCGGAGACCUGUUCUACGGAUUCAACAACCACACCAAAGAGAGCACCUCCGGACAGAUCCUCAAGGCCACAUUCAGGCAGAAGAACUAUGCCCGCGGCAUCGAGCAGCAGCUCCCAGACGGCAUGGCGGUGGCAUCGGUGCCAACGGAGGUCCAGUGCCACGAGGAGCUGUCGGACCCCAUCCCCGACCCAGAGUACCUCACAGGUAUGGUGAACUACAGCGAGGUGUCCGGCUACCCGCUCGUUCAGCACUGGAGUCUUCGCUCGGUGCUCUACCACGUCAAACUCAAUCAGUGGGUCCUGUCUCAAGCCUUCAGCUCGGCCAUCCAUUCUCUGGACGGGGCGACGCAGCGUAGCGACUUUGUCUCCAUCCUCAGGGAGUUUGGCAACCACUACGUGCAGGAGGCAAUGUACGGCUUCCAGGAGUCCUGUACCAUCUGGUACCCCAACAAACAGGUCCAGAGACAGCUGUGGCUGGAGUACCAGGACAUUAGCAAAGGCAACUCGCCCUCGGAGGAGUCGGAGGAGCGCGACAAGGAGCCCAGGACGCUGACCUACCCCGCGUACAUCGCCAGUCUGCUGGACACGGGCUCCAAGCGCAUGGCGGCCGGCGUCCGCAUGGACUGCAACAGCCAGGGCCAGUGCCCGCGCUCCUGCCACCUCUGCCACAUGAGCCCCAGGGUGGUGCAGGGGCGGCAGCGGUCCGAGCCCGUCCUGCUGCAGAUCACCAAAUCCGCGCCCAUCUACGAGCUGGUGUCCAACAACGAGACCUACCAGGCUCUGCAGGAGGCGAUGAUGAGCAUGCUGUGGUGUUCGUGCAAAGGUGACGUCAUCGAUGACUGGUGUCGAUGCGAUUCCAGUGCUUUCGGCGCAGACGGACUGCCCACCUGCGCCCCGCUUCCCCAGCCCAUGCUGAAGCUGUCUUACACCUACGAGCCCAGCAGCUCAUUGGUCAUCAUGGAGUGGAACCACACCGAGCCGCCAAUCGGAGUGCGGAUCGUCGAUUACCUCAUAAGCCAGGAGAAGGUGACGGAGAGGACCGACCACUCCAAAGUGGAGACAGAAACCCUUUUGAGCUUCGUGGACGACAUCCUGUCUGGGGCCAGGUCUCCAUGCGUGAUGUUAGGGGACAUCCCCAACCUGCUGUCCUCGUCCAUCAGCAUGAUCAUCCGCUGCCUGGACCCUGACACCACAUACAUGUUCCGGCUGUGGGCGGUAGACAACACAGGCCGCCGUUCCAGUCCAAGUGAGGUCACCAUCAAAACGCCGUGUCCAACUGUGGAUGACGUCAAGGCACAAGAAAUAGCCGACAAGAUCUACAACCUGUUCAAUGGUUACACCAGCGGGAAGGAGCAGCAGACGGCCUACAACACUCUGAUGGACCUGGGCGCCCCCACGCUGCACCGCGUGCUCUACCACUACAACCAGCGCUACGAGAGCUUCGGGGAAUUCACCUGGAGGUGUGAGGAUGAGCUGGGACCCAGGAAGGCCGGCCUCAUCCUCACCCAGCUCGAUGAACUGUCCCCGUGGUGUAAGGGUCUUCUUCAGGAGCAGAAGAUCGGCCUCCGCAGGAUGUCCCUCAAGUUCCUGUCCUGCCGCUACACCGACACCAAGGCCUUCGGGCUGAACUGGUCGCACAUGGGCCAGGAUGUACACAAGGCCUGCGACGAGCAGACGCUCACCGUCAUGUAUAACGACUACGGCGAGCCCAAGGAGCUGUGA